AUGGUAACGGCACAAUUGAAAGUACUUGAUCAUUCGCAUCAUCCGAAGAGGUGUCGCGCUCUUUUGGAUACUUGCUCCACCAGCAACUUCAUGACGGAACAUCUGGCCAAUUCCUUGAAACUACCGAAAAGAGAAUUUAUUGUCCCAAUUGGUGCGUUGAAUUCAAUGAACACUUCAACGAAACACCUGGUCACGGCAACUAUAUGUUCGCGGAUUACCAACUUCAAGAAGACAUUGGACUUCCUGACAGUUCCCAACAUCUCAUCUGUAGUUCCGGACCAACAUCUUGAUCACCACAGCAUCAAUAUACCAGCCAACCUCCCAUUAGCAGACCCGGAAUUUUAUCAACCUGGACAAAUCGACAUGCUCUUAGGUUGCGGUAUAACGCUCUCAAUGCUUGGUACAGCAAAGCUACGGUUAUCUUCCAAGGAUCAACCAGAUUUAUAUUUGAUGAGAUCAUCGCUCGGUUGGAUCAUCGGUGGAGAGGCUCCCGUUCGACAAUCACCGGUUCUCUUCACAUGUCAUCUCACAAAUAUUGCAGAUCUACAGCUCGAUCUGACAAGGUUCUGGGAGACUGAAGAAGCUACAUUGGAACCAAAACCCAUUGAGAAUGCUUGCGAAGAACAUUUUUCCGCUAACUUCUCAAGAGAACCCAGUGGCAGAUACGUUGUGGCGCUCCCGUUCAAUGAGAAGAUUGACAAGCUGGGAGAAUCUCGCUCGCGAGCUUAUCAUCGUUUCAAGGCCUGCGAACGGAAAUUACUCCAGAAUCCGGAGCUUAAACUUCAAUAUGAUGCAGUUCUCCAAGAAUACCUCGAUCUUGGGCAUAUGACUGAAGUAAACAGUCACCACCUCUCCAACCAUGGUUAUUAUCUCCCACACCACGCUGUCUUUAAAGAAGGAAGUCUGACAACAAAGCUCAGAGUAGUCUUCGAUGGAUCGGCUCAAACUAACACGGGUAUCUCCCUAAACGAUACUCUUCAGGUUGGCCCCACCAUUCAAGGCAGCAUCCUUUCUCUUCUGGUGAGGUUUCGGUUACAUCAGUAUGUUUUAACCGCCGACAUUGAGAAAAUGUACCGCCAGGUACUGGUGAGGCCAGAAGAUCAUAAGUAUCAACGGAUCUUGUGGCGUAACGAUGAUGGUCCAGUCCGAACCUACCAGCUAAACAGGGUCACUUUUGGACUAUCAGCUGCACCUUAUCUCGCCAUAAGAUGUCUACACCAACUGGCUACUGAUGAAGCCCAUCAAUUUCCUACAGCAGCUGGAAUCAUAAAACGCGACAUGUACGUUGAUGAUCUCUUGACUGGGGCGGAAACAAGAGAACAAGCAGUAGCCAUUCGAGACGAAAUAGCACAGUUGGUACAACGGGGAGGCUUCAAUUUACGUCAAUGGGCCUCCAAUGACCCCACUCUAUUGGAAGAUCUAGCACCCGAGGAUAUCAACCGUCAUUUAAUCAUCACCGAUUCUCCUACAAUGAAGACUCUAGGUUUAUAUUGGAAAUCUACGAGUGAUCACAUUAAGUAUAAGGUGAAAUUAUUGGAAGAAAAUAGUCCAGUGACAAAACGGGUUGUCCUCUCUGAAACAGCAAAGAUCUUUGAUCCUUUGGGCCUCCUAGCUCCAGUCAUCAUCAUUGCUAAGACAUUUAUUCAACGGUUGUGGAAAUUAAAACUCAGUUGGGAUUCACCACUGCCAGAUGAUGUGCAAAGGGAGUGGAGAGAAUUUUAUCAACAGCUGCCAGCGCUGGAAGAUCUGCAGUAUCCACGUAGGGCUCUCUCCCAACAAACAGAGAAAAUUGAACUUCAUGGCUUCUGCGAUGCCAGUAACAUGGCUUAUGGCGCCUGCAUUUAUGUCAGAUCCAUCAGCUCCAAUGGCGCUGUUCAAUUGUCUCUGUUGUGUGCUAAAUCACGUGUUGCUCCAUUGACAGACAAACCUUUCUCACCGCGACUGGAGUUGUGCGGAGCAGUCUUACUAGCCAAGUUGAUGGUCAAUGUCCGUUCCAUCAUCCACAUCAAGAUCCAGAGAGAGAUUUAUUGGACGGACUCGACUGUGGUCUUACAUUGGCUACAUACAGCUCCAACGAGACUCCUACCAUAUGUUGCCAAUCGAGUCUCUGAAAUUCAACAGAAGUCGAACAUCGCCAAUUGGAGGCACGUCAGAACUCAUGAAAACCCAGCUGACCUGAUAUCACGAGGACAAAUACCAAAGGAAUUCAUCAAACCCUCAUUAUGGAAGGAAGGUCCAGCAUGGCUUCUCCAAGACGAGCAUCAUUGGCCUAUACUCGAGCUUCACUUUCCGUCCGAUCCUCCAGAGUUGAGAAAGCAGUAUCCAUUUCCCUCAUCAACGAAAUGUUUUCUGACCAUCAUGGAACAACGCAGUGGGAACGUACUGUCUUGGUAUUCAUCACUGACUAAGCUUCAGCGUAUUAUCGCUUACUGUCGCCGCUGCAUAACCCAUACCAAGGGUCCACUCACUCCAGAUGAGAUGACUGCAGCUCUGCACAGUAUCACGCACUGGGUUCAGCAGGAAACCUUAGCUCCAGUGAUUGCUGUCCUUCGCGAUCAGCCCCGCGGGCAGAAGGCUGCCGCCCUAGCGCCCCUCAUUAAAUUAAAUCCAUUUUUGGAUGAACGGGGAGUGAUCCGUGUAGGUGGUCGCUUGAGGAAUUCCAAUAUUCCAUUCUCUCAACGUCAUCCCAUGAUCCUGCCUAAAAACCAUCAUGUUACGGAUCUCGUAAUACACCAGGAGCACCAACGACAUCUUCAUGCUGGUGCGCAGGCGACACUCUGCGCCAUACGACAUCGAUUCUGGAUCCAGGAUGGACGCAACAAAGUACGACACAUUAUUGGUUCCUGUGUCAAAUGCAUACGCCACAAACCACCACCAGUAAACUAUAUAAUGGGUAACUUACCGAAGGCACGUGUAACCGAAUCUCGUCCUUUCAGCAACGUCGGUGUCGAUUAUUGUGGGCCUUUCUUUAUCAAGGAAAGAAAGAUCCGCAACCGGGGACGUGUGAAAGUAUGGGUAUCAGUGUUCGUCUGUCUUGCUGUGAAAGCAGUACACCUAGAGAUUGUCAGUGAUUUGACUACCGAAGCUUUCCUGGCUGCAUUCCGUCGUUUCAUCGCACGGAGAGGACUCUGUGACAACAUAUAUUCCGACAACGGGACCUGUUUUGUUGGAGCCAACAAUGAACUCCAAGAAAUUUACACAUUCCUCCAGAACGCGGAUCAUCAAGAAAAAAUUCAGACAUUUGCCACAACAAAGUCUAUACAGUGGCAUUUCAUUCCUCCUCAAUCACCGCAUUUUGGAGGGCUAUGGGAAGCAGCGGUCAAAUCUUUCAAGAUCCAUCUGAAGCGAAUUGUUACCAACGAACUCCUGACACUUGAACAGCUCAACACCCUGGUGAUCGAAAUCGAAGCAGUAUUAAACUCCAGGCCUCUGACACCCCUCUCACCAGAUCCUAACGACCUACAAGCACUCACCCCGGGUCAUUUUUUGAUCGGUGAAGCUUUGACAACUUUGAGGGGGCCCGAUUUUCGCGAAACUCCAUCUAAUCGACUUUCAACGUGGCAGCAUCUCCAGAAACUGAAACAAGAUUUCUGGACUCGCUGGCAUCGCGAAUACAUUAGCGAGCUCAACCUCAGGAAUAAGUGGGCGCAUGGGCAACACCACAUAACUGUGGGUACUAUUGUCUUGGUGAAGGAAGAUAAUUUACCCCCUCAACAGUGGGCCAUGGGUCGAGUAGUCCAGAUUCAUCCGGGAGCAGAUGGUGUCAUUAGGACAGUAACGCUGCAGACACCCAAAGGGUUGUUAAACAGGAACGUAAGGAAACUGGCGGCUUUGGAGGGUCAAUCAUGUAGCGCAUACCCUACGGCCCAAACAAGGCCCGACCAUCCACCUUCAUUUUAUGGCCAUACUUCUCCCACUCUAUUCAAGAAUUUAUGUGCAAAGGCACAUUUAAUAGUUAGUUCAAUUUUAGUCUCCAACGUUAUAACAACGGAACGAAUCGGUCGCUAUUUCAGUCUUAAUCGAAGCACUGUAAAUAGUCCGGUUAUUGAAUUCAAAUUCCUCGCCUUUAAAUCAACCAUCAUUGUAACAUAA